AACCACGCGCUAUGAUAAGCUUUUGUUAUCAUUAUGAUAAAACACUUUUAAUGUAUAUAUAAUAGGUCCAUUUGUUAUUGAUUUAUUGUAGUUUAACCAGACGGGCAAUAAACAGACAAGAUGAAGUUAUUCAUAGCGAUUACACUGUUCGUCGUGGUGUCAGCUUUGCCUCGGCGAAAUGAACUAGUCCCACAAAAAGACUCUCCCAUUGUUUUUAGACACUGGGAACCAAAACCAGAGUCGCAUGUAAGAAAGCACAUAAAUGAUUAUAUCCGUAUUGAAAACAUUUUAAAUGCAUUACCAUUUCCAUCCUCUCGUCAUCCUGAAGCUAAUGACUCUGGCGAUAGAAAAAUAACUCCUCAAGAUAUCAUAAAUGCCCUAAAUAUUAUUCAUCAAUUCCUUAAUAACAAUGGAGACGAUGAUGAUGAUGAAUCUAUUAUAGUUAUCAACGAUGGUGAAGAUAAGAACCAAUCCGACUUAGCCCCAAUCGGUGAAGGAGAAGUCGCACACAGUGAUGGCCCUGAUUCUGACGACGAAAAUAUUGUCAAUGAAAGUCAACAAUCAAAUAAUGAUGCCAAUGGACAAAACGUUGAUAGCGAGGACGGCGAUGAAAUUCCAAUUAAACACCAAAAUCCUGACAAAAAUCAACCCCCACAAAGUGAAAAUUCUCCAUCUAAUGGUGAAAACGCUCUAAUAGAUGUCGUUCAGCCAGAAUAUGAAGAUCUUCAAGAAGUUGGUGAAGAUGAUUCUAAAGAUCAAAGAUUUGUUGACUUUAUGCCAAGGCCUCUUGAAAACUUUUCCCAAUAUACACCCAAGUUCCAGCAGCAGCAGACUAACUAACCACCAACUGAAGCAUGUAAAGCAAUUAUAAUCUACAAUCAUGCAAUAACAGUUUAUAUUGUGCAAAUGGAAAAUAGUGAUAUAUUGAAAUAUUUAUUAUUGUAUUAAUUCGUUCGUUAUUGUUUUUUUUUGUAAAAAAUAUCUUGUUAAUAAAUUUAUUGAAGUUAAUAACUGCAA